GUAACUUGUUCUUUUUGUUCUGUUUCUUUGCUACCGUGCCAGAGUUGGUCUCCUGACUGCCUUGCCAUGGGGUGCGGACUAAGAAAACUAGAAGAUCCAGAUGAUAGUAGCCCCGGAAAAAUAUUUUCAACACUGAAGAGACCUCAAGUGGAAACAAAGACGGACUCUGCUUAUGAGUACAUAUUGCUAGAUUUUACAUUAGAAGGUUCCUCAAAUCCCGAUGUUAUCAAGAUCAGCUCUGUGCUGGAUAUUGCAAAAAAGGUAGAGAAGUAUUAUACUAAAGGAUAUAUGGUAGGAGCCAUUCACCCCGUUUUACUACCUGUUGGUCGAAGAAGGCACUUUCCAGCAAGUCAUCUAUACAGAGUUGUCCUGUUGCGUCUCAAAUUAAGCCAGAAGCAUCCAGCAUCCAGAGCACAAAGACACCCCAAGCUUGUGAUUGAAGAGUGUCCUUUGACCUAUGAAACACUGACAAAUGAGGCAGUGAAGGGUCUGUUAGAGAAGAUCAACGAUGCUGCAAAAAGAGGGAUGAAGUUUGUUGGAUUUAUAACACAGCCUUGUCCUCAGUCUCAAGUCUACAACGGCACAAGCACAGAUGGAAAUAUAGAGUCUGAUUCGACACUCUGCAGGAGGCACCAAGAGCAGAAAUGGCACAACUCUGAUGAAAAUGUCAAGAACUCGAAUGAAGGGACUUUGAGCGGUCAGUCCUCCGAGAGUGGGAUAGAGGAAGAAAUUCAACCCAACAGCAGACAGUGUCCAGAUUUUAAUCUUCAAGAGGGAAGAUUAGACAGCCCUGGCCCUACGAAAUUAAAGAAAGAAGAAGAUAACAAACUAUAUACAGUCUUCAAUGUUUUUGAGGACGACUCUACCUGCUGGACAUAUCAAGAUGGCGUUUUAUCUCUAAAAGUGACAAGGAAGGGGCCUGUGGUUAGUACGAUGGAUGCUGAUUGGCUGGAAUUAACCACAUACUAUUACAAACAAGGACUGUCAUUAAUUGACUCGUUUGUAUACUGGGAAGGCUCUAAAGUUGAUCACCUGUCCAAAUCAUUAGAAGGUCUGUUUAUAUAUGAAGAAGAAGGUUCCGGAGUCCCAGGUUCAAACAGGAAAGGAAAUGAUGCAAUAGUUGUAGAACAGUGGACUGUCAUUGAGGGGAGUGAAAUCAAAGCAGAUUACGGUCCACUGCUGCACACUUUGGCUGAGUUUGGGUGGCUUUUAACGUGUGUAUUGCCCACUCCAAUCAUCCGACUGGACAGUGAGGGCAACCUGGCCACGAAGCAAGUGGUUUUCCUUCAGAGACCCGUUGUGUGGAGCCCAGCUGUCCAGACACCUGAGAAGAAAUCCAUCAAGCAACUCCGAGAAGAAAAGGGCAAAGUUUCAAGCCGAAGUAUUGGUGCAGACCCAGAGAUGUCCCACCCCACGCAAAAGACCCAAUUGACAGACGAGUUCCAUCUGUCCCCUCCUACCCAGUGUUGGGCCAAGGAGGGAGCUGCACAAGAUGGAAACUUCUCAGGAUUCAGUAGCAGCGAUGGCCUGCUAAGGGAAUUAGACGAGGGACAAUUUGAGCAAGAAGUCACUCAGGUCACUUGUAUGUGACCAACAACUGCACUGGAAGGACCUGUACAUAAUUCAACAACUGUGAAAACAGAGCUUACGUUCAGAUACACAGUGGCAUAGCUUUCAGUUUUUCCUUAGCCAAAUAUAUGUAGGCUCCCCCUUACCAGCAGUUGUGUUAAGGGGGGGGAGGCUUCUUGUAUAAUACUUAGCAGAAGAAUUUAAUAAGUUGGGUCAAAUUUAUUGGAACGUUACAUUCCUAGAACACCACUAAAUGCCUUGAGGAUGACCUCAGCAAUGCUUCUGACAUCUGGGAAGGACACAACUGCAAGUGGAAUAGCCAUUUCUGCUGUGUUGGAUACAUAAGUUUUCUACCGUGUGUGGAAACAGCAUAGAAGAGCAUUUCCCCAAUUAUUAUAACCAUGCAUGGUUUAAGAAAAGAAUUUAAGAUGUACAUAAAGAACCUGGUGUCAUUUUUAAUUUUCAGAUUUUAACUCUACUCCUACUUGAGCCUAAAUUCAAACAUAGUAAAAAUAUUAAACUAAGUCCUAUAAAACUAA